UCAGGUUGUAACUGAGGCCGUUUUCUUCUCUUCCUUUUUUCUGCUCUUUUGUCUACUGUGCAUUAUUCCCUCCACGACCCUCUUUUGCGUAUAUCGCACAAAGUUAUCACCUUUCGUCUUCCACGCUUUUCUUUCUAUUGAGCAUCUCGAGGAACUUUAAAAAAAUGGUUUUUUGGGUGGUUGGAGCACGCUCAAGUGGUGCUCUCUGAAAUCUUCUAAGAGCGUGGUUUUAUUAUAUGGUUUUGGUUUUUGAAUCGUCAUGGAGCAAUCCGGACGGUUUGCUUAGAUUGCUUGAUGGCUAUGGGUUCUCUGAAUGAUUUAUUGAUUCCGGGCUCUGCAGUUCCGUCGAUGUCGGAAGGGAAAAAGGAAUGUCCCCUUGGUGUCUUCUUCAAAGACGCAAGGAGUGCGUUUAAGAAGGAUGAGUUGGGUUCAGAGAUUGCGCAAAUUGCGCUGCCUGCUGCGCUUGCUUUGAUGGCCGAUCCGAUUGCUUCACUGAUUGAUACUGCGUUCAUUGGGCAGAUAGGCCCUCUGGAGCUAGCGGCCGUUGGUGUUUCGAUUGCAGUGUUUAAUCAAGUAUCCAGGGUUGCCAUUUUCCCUCUAGUUGGUGUCACAACUUCCUUUGUUGCUGAAGAAGAUGCUACCUGUAAAAUGGCUGAUGAAGAGCUUGAAGUUGGAGACAUCAAAAUUCCUAAUGAAAUGAAAGAAUUGAUUUCUCAUAAUAAUUCUGGUGAGAGAGCGCAGAGUUUAUCCUUUCCUUCUGAUAUAUCUACAAACUCUGCGAAGAUGGAGUUUGAACGCAAGCAUAUUCCUUCAGUAUCGACAGCAUUAGUGAUUGGUGGCAUACUUGGCCUUCUUCAGACUAUGCUUCUUGUCUUUUGUGCAAGACCUAUCUUAAAUUUUAUGGGAGUGAAACUUGAUUCUCCCAUGAUGAACCCAGCAUCUCAGUAUUUGACAUUGAGGUCUCUUGGUGCUCCUGCUAAUGUCUUAUCUAUGGCCAUGCAAGGAGUUUUUCGAGGAUUUAAGGAUACAAAAACUCCUUUAUAUGCGACGGUUGCAGGGGAUGCGACCAACAUACUAUUGGAUCCACUUCUUAUGUUUGUUUUCAAAUUAGGCGUCAGCGGUGCGGCGAUUGCGCAUGUUAUUUCGCAAUACUUAAUUGCAUUAAUUCUGUUGUGGAAAUUGCUGAGAAGAGUUGAAGUGCUACCACCUAGUCUUAGUGAUCUGCAAUUUCACAGGUUCCUUAAAAAUGGUUUCUUAUUGCUUGCGAGGGUGAUUGCGGUGACAUUCUGUAUAACAUUAUCCGCAUCAAAAGCCGCACGAAUGGGCUCAAUUCCAAUGGCAGCAUUUCAGAUCUGUUUGCAAGUGUGGUUGACAAUCUCUCUUCUCGCUGAUGGAUUGGCUGUCGCCGGACAGGCAAUACUUGCUAGCGCCUUUGCAAGGAAAGAUUAUCAGAAGGCGGCAUCUGCCGCUUCGCGUGUAUUGCAGUGGGCAAUUAUUCUUGGUUUGUUCCUUUGUGCUUUGCUGGGGGGUGGUUUGCAAUUUGCAUCAAAAUUGUUUACCAAGGAUGCUGAUGUGCUGCACCUCAUUCAUGUUGCAAUCCCAUUCGUGGCGCUGUCACAGCCGAUAAAUGCACUGGCCUUUUGUUUUGACGGCAUUAACUUCGGCGCAUCGGAUUUUGCGUAUUCGGCUUAUUCUCUGGUCAUGGUGGCCAUUGCCAGCAUUCUAUGCUUAGUUUUUCUUUCCAAAAGCUAUGGUUUCAUUGGAAUAUGGAUAGCUUUGACUAUUUACAUGAGUAUGAGAAUGUUUGCUGGCUUGUUGAGGAUAGGUACUGCAAGUGGACCAUGGAGCUUUCUUCGAACUCACCGGUAGCUCAUUUUCGCUCCGAAUUGUACUAUUCUCGUUGCUUUGGAUGCUAGAAGAAUGCCAUUCUCAUUUGAAGGUACAGUUUAUCCGUAUUUUCGUGUUAUUUAACAUUCUUGAAGGGCUUCUUUGUAAAUAUACCGAGAUCAGAUGGUCCAUGGAUGUGCAAUUCAUGUAUUUCAUAUGGUGCAGCAUGCAAAUUGUUCAUUAGGAAUAUAAGUUAUCAGCAAAUGCUCAUUUGUAAGCAGUUAUGCAUGUAUAUGAAUCUUAUUCUGUUGAAGGGCCUUUUUGCAAUUUUUUUAAAAAAU